AGCGGACACACGGACGAAACGCGAUUCGCCGCGGACGGUCGAAGAUUUGAAGAUAUAAAUUGGACGGAACGGAAAGACGAGAACAUCACCAUCAGCCAUCGAAGUGUCGCGAAGGAAGAAAACAAAUUAUUCUGCUGAUACGGGGUGAAUUCUUGACGAACUCGGUAUCGGAGUGUGACCAACGGUGCGAGUGCAGGCGGAAUUAGCGCAGGAGGCAAGAUGUGCUGCCCCGAGUGAUGUGAAUGGAAGCGACGAAUGUUUGAGUGCGAAAAAAGCAGAUUGCAGUGUGUGAAAAAUCUUGACAAUUGCACCCGGGUGCCCGAGAUUGUUGUUAAUAUUAAGUGCUGAUCGAUUCCCUCGAAUCGAAAGAGAAAAUAUUCCGUUUCCCGAAGAAAGAUUUUACUUACCGUAUUUUCUAAACGCUCCGAAACAGAUCGAACCAUUCGGGAGUGAGAGAAUUUCAGGCUUUUUCGUGAGCCCCCCCUCCGGUGAAGGGUAUCGCUUUGCUGCCAACUGGUCAACCAUCAUCCAGAAGUGGAAAAGAAGAAAAGUGCCAGGAAAACCAUCACCGUCGUCAGUGAGAGUGUUUUCACGAGGCUAAAAAAGAAGUAAUUUUCUAUUCGUCACCCUGCUGCUGUUGUCAGAGGGGAAUAAACGAGUGGGUGCUGCGAAGAAGAGCAAAUAAUACAGGAAAAACUCAACCAUCAAGAAGAGCCGUUCUAAAUUUAACACGCGAAAAUCGGAAGGCGAAAACAAGGAAAAAUAGUUUUCCUUCUCUGCUGGUUUCAGCAAGAUUCCACCGAAUAUUUCGAGUCUUCAGCGCUGUCAAAACCGCAGCAUAUCCUGCAAAUUUGGAAAUAAUUUUGCACUUCCCUUUGGCCUGCGUGCGCGAGUGUGUGUGCGUGUUUACGUGAGUGUGUUCCAUUUCCUCCGGAAGGAAAGGGUCGGGAGCACUCGUUUCGUCUCUUCGCAGCAGCUGUAGUUUGCGCUGCCUGCCGUUCUCAUUCACUCCAAGUGUGUUGUGUUUGGUUGGAACAACUGAAUAGCUGAAGAAAAACAAGAAGAAGAAAAAGAAAAGGUAGAAGAAAAAACGGAAUCACGGCGAGAAAGCAGCUGCUGUCUCAACGCCGCGGAUAAUGAAGAGGAGAAAUGCCGAUUGUGGCAAGAUUCGACGGCCCAUCAAGAGGAAUAAAAUAGCAGAGCAGUUUGGAAGCAACACACUGCUAUACGUCAAAUUCCUGCUUCUAUGGGCGUUCGUAAUCACCGCUGACUUCCUGCUCGAGUUCCGUUUCGAGUUCCUAUGGCCAUUUUGGUUGCUAUUGCGCUCAGUUUAUGAUUCGUUCAAGUACAAAGGACUGGCUUUUUCGGUACUGUUUGUAUGCAUUGCCAUAACUUCCGAUCUGGUGUGCUUAUUUUUCAUCCCGGUGCAGUGGCUGUUCUUUGCGGCCAGCACCUACGUUUGGGUGCAGUAUGUUUGGCAUACAGAUAAAGGAAUCUGCUUGCCAACCAUCAUUCUGUGGAUACUAUUCGUAUAUCUCGAAGCUGCCAUCCGAUGGAAGGAUAGCCGAAACAUACCACAUCUGGAUCUGUGCAGGCCUUUUGCGGCUCACUGCAUUGGCUAUCCGGUGGUAACGCUUGGUUUCGGCUUCAAGAGCUACGUUGGCUAUCGAAUACGGCAGCGGAAGCAACGUGAGGUGGCUAAGGACAAUGACUUCUAUAUGCAGCUGCUGCAGGAAGCUCUGCCCAAGGACGAAACCGUGAGCAACGGUACGGCCACCGGCGGAAGUGAAGCGAGUUCCGAUUCGCUCCAGCAAACGGUGGAUCAUCAACUGUCUCCGGUUUCACAACCGAAAGAGCUUGCCGUGACGGCAAUUCUUCACAAUAGUAAUAAUAAUAAUCUUAAUAAUAACAAUAGCAACAGCAGUGGUGGUGGCCACAACAGUCACCACCAUCAUCAUAGUAGUAAGAACGCUCAAAGUCACAGCAAGUCACAAAACAGCACGACUUCCCCGAGCCAAGUGAAUGGACACGCUGGGACGGGAUCCAAUCUGACAGCAGCAAGCGGAACUAGUGGAUCCAGUAGUGGCAGCACGAGUACAAUGAACGGUGGUGUCAACCAUUCGAAGCAACAUCUGCAACGGAAGAGUUUGGACAAGGAAAGCUCAAGCUCUCUAAGCGGAAAAGCCAGCAGUUAUUCAUAUCAUCAUCAUCAACAGAAUAACGUCAGUAAUAGCGCCAAGGAAAGCUCUCGAUCGCCCGACAGUCCCCAAACGAACGGUGCGGCCAUGUCUCCAAAGGAGAAAAAAGACUGCGACUCGUUGUCUUCAGGGCAAAAGUCCCAAUCAGAUAAUCUCUCUUCAACAGCUUCUCAAACGACUAACGGCAACAGUAGCAGCAGUAAAUCGACGCAAGUUAGCGAAGGCGCGAACCAUGAAAAUGGCAACAGCCGAAGCAAGCAUCAGCAGAAUGGACACGUGGUAAACUAUGACACGGACCUGCAGCAGCCACAAUCGCCACAGCAGCAGACGCCACCCCAAAACCACAUAGAUAACGAUCCGCCUGCGGAACCGAAAUCGAACCGUUCUGGUCGGAAAAAUCGCGUCAAGCAAAAGGAGAACGCCAACCAUCAGUUGGCGGCAGUUCGACUGGCAGCGACACUAGCUUUGGCGUCUUCAAUUACAACUCUCACGACAACGGCUGCGGCAUCCACGACAACAGCCAGCACGAGCACGACAUCGUCGUCGUCGUCGUCGUCGACGGCUGCAACGAUGACUUCCAAAGACAAUCACCUGCAGCAGCACGAACAGCAAGCCGCCGCAGCCAGCACUACUAGCACUGUCUCGAAUAAUACUCAAAACGGCACUGGAAAUUCGACCGCCGGUUCUACGCCGGUCACUUCCAGUGGUACCCAGUUGACGGCCGCAGCACCGACUCCGACUGCGGCCGCCAUCCCGCCAGUGAUCAAAGCUUGUGAUACCUGCAGUCGGCUGGAAGCGGAUAUCAAGAAAUUGCGCUCGGAAAUCGGUAACCUGAAGCAGAACGAGAACGAAACGCGACAAAAAUACGAUUCCAGUACCAGCAAUCUGAAAUCUUGUUUGCAGGUCAAACAGAAAGACUACGAUGAGUUACAAAACAAAUUCCAGGACCUGACGGUGCAGCGUCAGCAAGAACGGCAAAGCCUGCAGACGGUGGAACGGCGACUGUGCGACGAGCGGCGCCACCGGCAGUCGCUCGAAUCCCAGAUGCAAAACGAACGAAAACACCGUAAGCAAGCGGAGGAAAAGGCAGCCCGGGCCGAGUGUGGCGAACAGUGCAAACUGAAGCGCCAGCAGCUGGAAAUGGAAAUCCAAAAGUUGCGCCGAGAACUGAUCAGCUCCGAAGAUGCCAAGCACAAUGCCGAGAAGCAGAAUCGCAGCUUCGAACAGGAGAUGCUUCGGAACCGGGAGUCUCAGCAAAGCGCCGAGGUGCUCAUGUCGGCGCUGGCUGCCAUGCAGGACAAAAACGCCACCCUGGAGAAGAAUCUAUCCGCUGAAACGAGAGUUAAGCUGGACUUAUUCUCAGCUCUCGGAGACACCAGAAGACAGCUGGAAAUCACUUCAUGUUCACUGCGCACUAAGGAUAAGGAGAUCUUAGACUUGAAGGCAAAAAUUGUUCAACUGUUAGCCGUUAUGCCGGCCAUGCCGAAUGACGCACUUUGUCUCUCUGGGCACGGACCUUCGUCAUCCGGUGGUGGCGGUGGAUCGCAUAUGCGACUAUCGGAUGCACCGCAGUUGCUCUCUCAAUCUAGCCUGAACGGCUUAACCGGUCAGCCCAGUCCAAUGUCGCACAUUGUCAUGAACAAUCCGCCGCUGAUCAGCCAACUAAGCGGUUUGGGCGUACUGACUUCGACGAUUACGACUGCGUCCGCCGCUAUGUCAGUCGGUUGCGCACCGGCAAAUGUACUGGCAGGCGGCGGAGGAAUGGUUCCUCCGUCAGUACAGCAGCAACAACAGCAGCAGCAACAACAACAACAACAGCAACAGCAGCAACAACAACAACAGCAGCAGCAACAACAACAACAACAUCAGUCAAUGGGCCCUUCCGGAGUCGUAACCGUGACAACGUCCAAUGGCCAGAUAGUACAAAUGCAAAACUCUAACAAUUGUCCCUCCAGUUUGGAUCCGAAUGCGUCUGUCUACACACCGAAGAACAAUCCGUGCUCCGGAUCGUCGAUGGUUGGCGGUGCCGAAGCCUGACCGUCAGCACUGGAAUUGCAGCAAUUCCUACCGAUCAGCAGCAGCGGCAGUUGCUCUCCAUUUCCCAGUCUCGAUCUUAUCAGCAGCAGUUCUGGUACAAAUCAGUUUGCUUCCGUACAUCAGCAGUCUCUUUUGCAAGCACAGCAGCAGCAGCAGCAGCAGAAACAACAACAACAGCAACACGGUCAACCUUUUCCGUAAACUUUGAAAAGAGAGUACACGUGUUUCACUUUGAUCUCAAGCAAGUCUCUACAAAAUUUAACAGAAUAGAGAGGAGAUCCGUUUUAGAAAAGCAAGCAAGCAAACAAAAUGUUCCUAGUCUUUUGUGUUUUCCUUUAAUACACAUUCAACAGAUUAAACCUUACACUUCAAAGCAGUUGCGAGAUAUGCUUUACUGAAGGAACACUUUUUCAACUAAUUUUUACUUUUGAUUCGCCUAAGAUUAUUCUCCAAUUUGAGUUCGACAUUCGAAACUCAGCACUACACGUUUGCCCAUUGCAAUAAUAACAAAUUAUCCAUAGUUUAAACGUGCUCACGCAUUUGAGCCCACAAUAUUUAUAAUUAAACUACAACACUGCUUAUAUCAACAGUAAACCAUGUGCAUAUACUUGUGAGUGCUUUUCUCUAAUUUUAAAAACUCUUAUCCAUCGGCUGCUACUGAAUUGCAAAUCAGUAAAUACAAAUCGAGACGAUUUUGCCUCUGCUCUAUCCAAUCUCUCUUUCACUCUCUCUCUCUCUAUUUUCCAUCCUGAGGAAAUCAGCAUCCAACAGGGAGGAUACGUUAAAGUGAAUUACAAUUAAAUAAAAAUAAACUACACGAAGAGAAAAAACAAAUGUUGUGAUAUUCAUAUUACUUAAAAUUAAUGAUUUAACUUUUUUUAAUUUUUAAAAUUAUAGCCUAUUAUUUAUAGAAGAACGACAUAUUGCUAAAAAACCAAGCGUAGUAAAACCAGCUCCUAUUUUUUUAUCACUCGCGUUAACCGACAAUUAUUAUUACGAUUUAUUAUGAUUAUUAUGUAACGUAAUGGAUCUGCUGAUUAAAGUCAUCCAAGCAUUACUGAAGCAGCAGAGGAGAGCUCACUACUUAUCAUUCGACUGCGGAAGAGUUCCGAAUCCAUCGGUAAAAUCGAGACAAGGCUAAGAACUAAAAUCUUGACAUUGUUUGAACUGCGCUCGCGCUGACUUCUAUCAACUACGAUAAAAAAAACAAAAUGAUAACCUAUUGACAGAGCGAUGUCGUUCGAUGCAUACAAUUUGUGCAGUGUUUAAUCUCUCAUCUAGAAUAACCAACCGAAGUGACAUGAGUAAUGAAAGGAGUAAACGGAAGACAAACCGAGAUUACGACCGCGACAACAGCAACAGUUUCGUGUGAGUUUUGAAUAUUAAGGGCGCUGCUGUCCGAGCAAAUUAAAAGUAACGAGAUUAUUUGGUGAACAAAAAGGGCGAUGAAAUCUUCGAAACAGCAGCAGCAGCAUACAAUCGAUUGUGUUUGAACAGCAAACUUUACUGUAGAUAAUGACAGAAACUGAAAUAAACAGAUACACCUGUAAAAGCGAAUGAUGACGAUUUAAAUUAUUUGAUGAGAUGCUGACAAUUAAAAGAAGAUUACAGGCCAGCUGUGUGGCAUCCACUGAAAGAAGAAUAACUUAUUUGAGUCCUCUGACCUCCGGUCAGUCGAACUUGAAAAAUCAAGUAUGAAAAUAGGAAUA